AUGUCAUAUCCUAAAGAAGUUGGAGGGCUGAAAGUCGGUAGUUUGAUAAUAGAGGGGAAGACGAAACAAGUUUUCGACCUGCCUGAGCUUCCCGGCCACUGUCUAUUACUAAACAAAGACAGAAUCACCGCUGGAGAUGGCGUCAAAGCGCACGAUUUGGAGGGAAAGGCCGCCAUCUCUAAUCAGACCAAUGCCAAAGUUUUUGAAAUCCUCAAAGGAGCUGGCAUAAAGACCGCAUUCGUCCAAAUCCUUUCGCCGACCUCGUUCAUAUCGAAGAAGUGCGAGAUGGUGCCCAUCGAAUGGGUGACCCGUCGCUUAGCAACCGGCUCUUUCCUCAAGAGGAACCCCGGCGUGCCGGAGGGCUACCGUUUCACACCAGUCAAAGUGGAGACCUUCUUCAAAGACGACGCCAACCACGACCCCCAGUGGUCGGACGAGCAGCUGCUCUCCGCCAAGAUCGAGGUCAACGGUGUUGUUAUCGGUCAAGACGAAGUCGACUACAUGAAAAUGGUGACCGCUUUGGUCUUCGAAGUACUGGAGAAGGCCUGGGCUCUUAGACAGUGCGCUCUGAUCGAUAUGAAAAUUGAGUUCGGAGUUGACGCAGAAGGCAACAUUCUCGUCGCUGACGUCAUCGACUCAGACUCUUGGAGGUUGUGGCCUUCUGGUGAUAAACGCCUUAUGGUCGAUAAGCAAGUGUACAGAGACUUGCAGAACGUCACCGCCGCCGAUCUGGACACGGUUAAGCGUAACUUCGCCUGGGUUAAGGACCAGCUCGACCACCUCAAGCCGACCGUUCUGCACAAAGUCGUUGUGUUCAUGGGCUCGCCUCAAGAUCGCGAACACUGCAACAAAAUAGCCAAUGCGGCAAGAACAUUGGGGUUGGACGUGGACCUCCGCGUGACGUCAGCACACAAGGCGACCGAAGAGACCCUCCGCAUAAUGCAGCAGUACGAAGACACUCACGGCGCUUUGGUUUUCAUCGCGGUUGCCGGCCGCUCCAACGGCCUCGGGCCCGUACUAUCUGGCAACACUUCCUACCCAGUGAUUAACUGCCCGCCGCCUUCCGACAAACUUGUGCAGGAUAUCUGGUCAUCACUCUCCGUGCCUUCAGGCCUCGGUUGCGCAACCGUCAUAUAUCCGGACAGUGCCGCCAUCAUGGCCGCGCAAAUUAUCGGACUUCAAGAUUACUUAAUCUGGGGCAGACUCAGAGCCAAGCAGAUCGAAAUGAGCGCAUCGCUUAGGAAGGCCGACAAGGAAGUCAGAAACAAU